ACGCCAAUAGUGUAGAGCACGGUUGUCUACAACCGUGGUGUAGAGUAAUAUUUUGUUUAUAUUAGAUUUCAUAUUUCGUGGAAAUAUUUAUGCAUUAUGUUCUAAAAAAUAUGAAUUGAGGUCUUGUUUUAUAUCGCGCACGUUACUUUUGAAAUAAUUAAAUAAUCCAAAGAUUUGUGAUAGAUGUUUUAUAGACGGUUAUUAUAUAGUUUUAGGACACUUCGGUCAUUCUAUGAUAUAAUUUUUAAAACGUACAUAGUUUUGUUAUUUAAAAAUGUUCUUUUGACCUACCUAGAAAAAAACUGUAUAUGUUAUUUAUCUAGUGCAAUAAGUCUUGAAAUGUUCUUGUAAUCCCUCAGUAUAGAUUUAUUUUUCGUGAACCGUUAAAUCAGUUUUUAUAUUGUGUGCUGUCAAUUAUUUGCAAAAUUAAAAUGCAUAUUGUAACAUUCAAUCUUGUAUAUUUUUGUAGUGAAUUAUAGAACAUUUAUACUAUAUCAUUAAUAUUUACAUAGUAAAUGGUUAAACAAUAUGGUAGAGGACAAAAUACUUUAUGCUUUCCGCGGUUGGUUGGCUUUCGUAGCUUUCAUGGAUCUAGGAGUUACGUUCAGAUCGUACUUUGAAAACAAAUGCAUUUUGGGGAUACACUCAAAUUUAUUAGCAGAUGAACAUUUUAUACAUGAAGAUUCUACUUUGCCAAGAGUUCUUGGAAUGUUUUCUUUUCUCAAAGCUAUUUGCUUAAUCCAUUGCUCAUUAUUUAUUCAUUACAAACCAAUGUUUAGUAUUGGAGCGUUGCCUAUAGUUAUUUCCAUAUUUUUGUAUCUGAGCGAGGCUAUGUAUUAUCAUUCAACGACAUUGAAUUUUUUUAUUGUGUUUCCUACUAUUCUCAAUGGUUUAACGUUGAUUGGACUAAUCUUCAUCGGACGUAAACUUGAUAAGCCACCAACCGAGUGUAUUGAAGAAAACGUAGAGAUGUUAAUGAACAAACUCAAAUAUAAAAAAAAUAAAAAAUGUAUUAAUAAAAAAAAAUUAAGUGAUUAGCCUUUAGCUGUACACAUUAACCUGUCAAUGUGAUUUCUGAAUUAAACAAGAGGUAUACUUUUUUAGUCUUUUUAACUUAUAAA